AUGGUGAAAAAUGUCUCCAUCUCAGCAACUCACAUUCGUAACGUGUCACUCCUUCAAGCUUCUCUCUAGUCUAUAAAAUAAACCACCACUUAGUAGCAUCGAUCCCUCAUCAGUUAAGUGUGUCUAUCAGUAUCAUGAUCCAUUGUCUAUUAUGAUACUAAUGGCCAAGCCUCAUUCUGUUUGCUUUCUUUUCUUUCUGCUUUUCUUCACCUGUUGCUUAGCACGCCACGUGCCAACUCAGUCUCAGCAGCAGAGCCAGAGCCAGAGCCAGUUCAAAGAAUGCCAGCUCGAUAGCAUCGAUGCGUUGGAACCUGAUAACAGCAUAGAAUCAGAAGCAGGUCUCACUGAGACAUGGAACGCUGCCAACCACCCUGAGCUCCGCUGCGCCGGUGUCGCUAUCCUCCGCCGCACCAUCAACCCUAGUGGCCUCCACUUACCAUCCUACACUACCUAUCCCGAACUACAUUUCGUUGACCAAGGAAAGGGAGUGAUUGGAAUGGUGAUCCCGGGUUGUGCGGAGACGUAUGAAGAGCCACAAGUGCAGCGGCCGCAGCAGCAGCACGAACGCGACCGCCACCAGAAAGUUCGUUACCUCCGCCAUGGUGACGUUAUCGCCGUUCCUCCUGGCGUUCCUUACUGGACCUACAACUACGGCAAAAACCCUCUCGUCAUCAUCACUCUCCAAGAUACCACCAACAACCUCAACCAACUAGAUCCAACUCCUACAAGAUUCUACAUUGCUGGAAAACCAGAAAAAGAACACUCUGAGUCAGAAUCAGAAUCAGAAUCAGAGAGUGGGAAACGCAAGGAGAAGAAGAAGGAAGGAGGAGUUAACAACAUGUUCGGUGGAUUCGAUUCAGCGUUCUUAUCACGAGUGUUGAAAGUGAAGGAAGAUCUCAUCAGUAAGCUCCAGUCUCCGAAAGAUGAUCGCAAGAAACAAAUCAUACAUGUCAAAGGUGGACUCAGCAUCAUCAGACCACCAUUAGAGCAAGAAAUCAGAGAAACAGAACAAAGAGAAGAAGAAGAAGAUGAACCUAGAGAAGGUGAACACCGUGAAUGGCGUAGAGAAAGAACACGCAGAAAAGAACGUGAAGGAGAAGAAGGAGAAGAGGAAGUGGUAGAAGAGAAAGAAACCGAAACCAAAACCAAAACGAAAACGCGGGAGAAACAUGAAAGAAGAGGUGAAGGUGAAGAAGGAGAAGAGGAAGAGGAACGAACCAGGACUAGAACACGAGAAAGGCGUGAGCGGCGUGAAGGGCAAAAGGGUCAAAGCAAUGCUCUAGAGGAAACGGUUUGCACGAUGAAGCUACACGAGAAUCUCGCGGAUCCUUCACGCGCGGAUAUAUUCAACCCACGCGCAGGGCGCGUGAGCACGGUCAACAGUUUGACCUUACCCGUUCUGAAGAAGCUGAACCUAGGUGCGGAGUGGGUGAACCUGUAUAAGAACGGUGUGUACGUGCCACACUGGAACAUAAACGCGAACAGUGUGAUGUACGUGACGAGGGGGAAGGGGAGGGUGCAGGUGGUGAAUUGCGAGGGGGAGUCGGUGUUUGACGGGGAGGUGAAGAGGGGACAGGUGGUGGUUGUGCCGCAGGGGUUUGGGGUGGCGAAGCAGGCGGGGAGUGAGGGGUUGGAGUAUAUAGCUUUUAAGACGAAUGAUAUGGCGAUGAUUAGUCCGUUGGUGGGGAUGAACUCGGCGAUUAGUGGGACUCCGGCGGAGGUGCUUGGCCAUGCUUUUGGGCUGAGUCCGGAGGAGGUGAGGGAACUGAAGAAUAAUAGGAAGGAGAGUAUUUUGGCUAGUCCUCAUGACUCUCGUGAGGAUGCCUACAUUUCCAUGGUGUAACUGUAACAUACUGUGUUAUAUAAUAAGAAUAAUAAAAUAAUAUGGUGUACCCCAUCUGGAUGCAGACUUUAUGGUGGUUGUAUAAUAGUCGUCAUUAAUAAAAUUGCAAUCCCAUUCUUGAGAAUAAAGUGUUAACUAUUUUCAUA